UAGGGCGCCAAAAGCGUCCCGAUUUGGCAGACGCCCCCGAGUCGUCAACACUCAGCAAAUACCUCCCAAGGCCAGCAUUCCUCAAGGUGAGCCUCCACUAUGACUGUUCGGUGCUGCAGAAAUGCUACAGAGACGUCCUGAGAGUGGAUGGGAGUUGUUUGACGGCAGAAGAAGGGUGGAUUGCGCGCGGACAAGGUGGAUGCGGCAGGCUAGCGGUGGGUGAGGUGCAGGAAACUUGCGAGGGAAAGGCAGGUGGCUUCAGUGGAUGACCUGCGGGACGGCAAUGUUUCAGACGCUGUGGAGGGUUGAAGAUAUACAUUUGGAACGCGCACAUAAAGAGAACUGCUUCUAGUGUCCCUCUCGAAGGAUUAUUCCAAUUGCCGUGCAUUCUGCGACCGCCGAACUCCUUGGACGCAGUGCUAAUUGAUCAUCGCCUUAGACAAAAUGGCCAGCUCAAAGACCCAGAAGGCCAAGGGCUCAGCGCCCAAGGCCUCCGCGCAGAAUGCCAAGGCCAAGGCCGCGAAGAAGGCCGCUCUUGCGGGCACCAACUCCCAGGCGCACCGCAAAAAGCGCACGUCUGUCUCCUUCCACCGCCCCAAAACACUUCGCCUUCCCCGUAACCCUAAGUAUCCUCGCAAGUCUAUUCCCCAUGUGCCGCGGAUGGACCAGUUCAGGACGAUUGUCUCACCACUGAACACUGAGUCCGCGAUGAAGAAGAUCGAGGAGCACAACACCCUCGUUUUCAUCGUUGACAUUCAGGCCAAUAAGCGUCAAAUCAAGGACGCUGUCAAGAAGUUGUACGAUGUUCAGGCCGCCAAAGUUAACACCCUUAUUCGACCGGAUGGCAAGAAGAAGGCGUAUGUGCGGCUGACGGCCGACCAUGAUGCACUUGAUGUUGCGAACAAGAUUGGUUUCAUCUAA